AUGUAUCAGGGAAAAGGAACUUAUUUAGAAAAUUAUUUGGAUUCAAUUUCAACAUUGCCAUCAGAAUUGGGUAGAAAUUUCGCAUUAAUCAGAGAAUUAGAUUAUAGAACAUCAGAUUUAGUUGAAAAAAUAGAAAAAUUAAAAUCCAAUUUAUUGGUUACAACAAAUGGAACAAGAAGAGCAGUACAUGAAUUAACAGAUGAAAGAGCAUCAAAACAUAUUAAAUUAGAGAUGAAACAAGUGAUUGAAUACUCUGAUGAAAAGGUAGAAUUAUCAAAUCAAACCUAUGAACUCAUAGAUAAACAUAUUAGAAAAUUAGAUAUAGAUUUAAAAAAGUUUGAAACUGAAUUAGAAAGUGCAGAAGAAGAGAAAAAGAAAAAGAAAUCAAAACAAUCACAGAAUAAUAGUACUGUAGAAUCAUCAACUACAUCAUCAUCAUCAUCAUCCUCCUCCUCCUCAUUAUCAUUAUCAUCAUCAACUAAUAACACAUCAUCAUUGAAUUCAAGUAGUGGCGGUGGCGGUGGUGGAAGUGGCGGUGGCGGUGGUGGAGGAGGACAUUCAAGCCACUCAACAGGUAAUAAAAAAGGUAAAGCUAGAGAUUCACUAACUAGUUCUUCAUCAAGUGGAAACAUAAAUGGUAUGUCGUCAUCUUCAUCGUCGUCAUCUUCAUCAUCAUCUUUGUCAAGUAGAAAACAAAAAUCAAUGGCAGCACAAGAUAUAGCUUCUAUCACUGGAAAUAAUGGUGACGCAGAUGUGAGAGUUUUCAAUGCAAAUCCAAAUGAUUUAGAUUUAGCAAUUGAUCCAAAUGAACCAACCUAUUGCUUUUGUAAUAGAGUUUCUUUUGGUGAAAUGGUUGGUUGUGAAAAUCCUGAUUGUAAAAUUGAAUGGUUUCAUUUUGAAUGUGUUGGUUUAACUUCAACACCAAAAGGAAAAUGGUAUUGCCCUGACUGUACAAGAAUAAAAGUAAAAAAAUAA